CACUCGACACUGUCGCGCAAGUUCGUGGAGGUGAUGUCCGAGUACAACGCCACGCAGACCGACUACCGGGAGCGCUGCAAGGGCAGGAUUCAGAGGCAGCUGGAGAUCACUGGCAGGACCACCACCAGCGAGGAGCUGGAGGACAUGCUGGAGAGCGGCAACCCGGCCAUCUUCUCCUCCGGGAUCAUUAUGGAUUCAAACAUCACUAAGCAGGCGCUGAACGAGAUCGAGACACGGCACAGCGAGAUCAUCAAACUCGAGAACAGCAUCCGAGAGCUGCAUGACAUGUUCAUGGACAUGGCCAUGCUGGUGGAGAGCCAG